CCACUAUAAAUAAAAAUCCAAAUAAAAUAAAACACCAAGUAGCUGAAGGCGGAGAAAUAAAAGUUUGAUACCUUUAUUUAAAAUUGAAAUUUGAAAAACUCUAUCCCCAAAUCCAACCUCUUAGGUUUUUGUGGUUGCAAACUCUCUCAAAUUUUCCACAGAACCCUCCAAUUCCUCAUCGUCAAUCUCUCGUUAUUCUUCUCACCAGAAUCCGGGUACAGUUCAAAUCUCUCAAGGGAAGUGUUGGUGUGCAAAAGGAAUGUGCUUUUUCACUUUCAAAUUCUUCUCUGAAUUAAGACUAUUUUGUAUACGAGCUUAAUUGAUUAAGAUGCUAUGUGGUAAUCUUUCAAAGGUGAAUGCUUCAAUUAACUGUCGCAUUCAUCAAAUAAUAAGGAAACAACAUAGAGUACCAAUAACAAGGUUGAAUAAUCCUGUUUUGUCUCUUUCUCCGUUGAGUACGUCUGCUUUUUUAUCCAAUUCAAGUAAUUGCUAUUCAAGCAAUAAAGUUGGUAGAAAAUCAAUGGCUUCUUCAUCUUCCAAUGCUAUGUUUGGAGAUGUUUAUGUUGAUGAUUUAAUCUCAAGUUAUAGUGGCGUUCAAGAUUUCACAAAGCAUGCUGGUGUGUCAUUCAAAGACAGAACUAAUAAAGGGUUCAUGAAGGCUGGUGUGAGUUUGAGAAGACCACAACAACUUUUGUAUGGUCCUUUGAAUUUUGGGCGUUCGACUUUUGAUGCUAGUUGGAGGAUCCAGAAUGCGGGUUUGCUUCAUGGGUUGUGGUCGAAGAAUUUAUCCACAUCUUCUGCUUGCUGCUUAGCUGGGACUGCACAUGAUCUCUCAUACGAGAGCAGCCCUCCUGAUGAACUGGAAGAUUCCUCCACUUUGCCUAACUUAACUACUCUCGACCGCAAGCCCUUGAAAAUGUUAUCAGGAUCAUCUUACCUACCACAUCCAGAUAAGGAGGCGACAGGGGGAGAGGAUGCUCAUUUUAUUUGCACGGAUGAACAAGCAAUUGGUGUUGCAGAUGGUGUAGGUGGCUGGGCAGAUGUUGGCAUUAAUGCAGGACUGUAUGCCCAGGAACUCGUAUCCAAUUCAGUAAAAGCAAUUCAAGAGGAGCCCAAAGGUUCUUUUAAUCCAGUAAGGGUGUUAGAAAAGGCUCACUCAAAUACAAAGGCUAAGGGUUCUUCAACCGCUUGUAUCAUUGCUCUUACUGAUGAGGCACUAAAUGCUAUUAAUUUGGGUGACAGUGGAUUCAUUGUGAUUAGAGGUGGAAGCAUUGUUUUCAAGUCCCCAGUUAAACAACACGGCUUCAACUUCCCAUAUCAAUUGGAGAGUGGUAAUGCAGGUGAUAAUCCAAGCUCUGCCGAGGUUUUUACAGUACCCGUUGCAUCAGGAGAUGUCAUUGUUGCUGGAACAGAUGGCUUAUUUGACAACUUGUACAACAAUGAUAUCAUUGCAGUGGUUGUAAGUGCAAUUAGAGCUAAAUUAGAACCACAGGUAACUGCGCAGAAGAUAGCAGCAUUGGCUCGUCAGCAAGCACUGGACAAGAAAAGGCAGUCGCCGUUUGCAGCUGCAGCUCAAGAAGCUGGAUACCGGUUUUAUGGCGGCAAACUUGAUGACAUAACAGUUGUUGUGUCUUACAUAUCCAACUCAGUCAGUGAGUGAUGUUUUUGCCAAUUUCAUUUUUGCCUCAUUUUGUGUAUAUUUAGCUGCUAUAUGGCUAAGCCGCUUCCUUUGCAUUUUUUAUUUUUUAUUUUACUUUGAAUUUUAAUUCAUUCUUACUUGUUCUAGUACUUAGUUAUCUCAAACAUUAGUGUCAAGCUACACUUAAAGAAUACAGUACUUUUUUUUCUUUACAAAAGGUUAGUAUGGCUUCCUUAUUUGCAUUA